UUCUUCCCUCAGAUUAUGCAUGUAUGAACUAGACAUUGAAGCAUUCAGCCCAAAGUGAGAGGUUUAAAAAAUACUUUCUUAGCCACCAAAGUACCAUGUCUUUAAACAUUUGGUUUCCAGGGGGGCAGUGCGGGCCAUGAGGAAGGCCAAAAAGUGUCUCACUCCCUGGGUCAGAAAGCUCAUAAUUAGCUGGGUCAUCGCAAGCACCAGCACCAGUGUAGAUACUACCAUGACCUGGUAGUAUAUGAGGAGCUGUAGGUCACGGGGGCAUUUGCCAAAGUCGUAGGAGAAAGCAGUUUAGAGACAGGGACUGCACGUCAAACUAAUUGCCAAAUGUAUCCAAAGAGAUGAAUUAAUGAAUUAUCUGAAUUAAUGAAUACAAUGAGGAGCAGGUUACAACAUUCUGGAACUCGUGAUGUUAUAAUCAGAUUCUUCUAUUACAUCAUGUUGGGUCCAUAUCUUGUGUAUGUUUGACAGUGAACAGUAAACCAAUUCACUUUUACAAAGCACAGCUAGCCAACUAGUAGUUUGACUUGGAAUUUGUACUGCCUACUUUUGAAAGACAAUUUCUUUAAUCAAAAUGGCACAGCUCUCCCAGAAGGGUGGGCUGUGCAACAUGAAGAUGUUAUUGUUGGCUGUUAUUUUCUGUCUCCUUUCGCCUGUUGCUGCAAAUGUGUUGGUGUCUUCAGAGCACAUGACUUUGAUGCCAGGGAAGGACCACCCUAUUCUGAACAACCCUGAUGCUACAAAAGAACAAGUUGAUAGUUUACGGGUGAAAGACGAUUCUUCUCCAGAGCACAAGCCGUUGAUGCCAGUGAAGGACCACUCUGUUCAGAACAACCCUGAUGCUACAAAGGAGACCAAUUUUAAGUCAUUGCUGGAACAACUUGAGAGUUUACGGGUGAAAGACGAUUCUUCUCCAGGUAACGUGGGCCAGUUGACAAAAGGAUAUUCCUCAAAAAAUGUCAAAGAGCCCUCGGAGCUUGUAGAGCCCCUGAUUUCUGUUCCAGAGCACAAGCCUUUGAUGCCAGUGAAGGACCACCCUGUUCAGGACAUCCCCAAUGUUGCAAAAUGGACCAAAAUGGUGCAAGUGGACCAGAUGCUGGAACAACUUCAGAGGAUGAAAGAUGAUACUUUCCCAGGUAAAGCUAAAGUCCCACAGAUGAUUGUGGAGAAACGUAUUCCUUAUCUACAGGCUUACAAGCAAAAAGCAUUGCAAGGUGACAACAACGUCUUCAAAGAAAAUCUUCAGGCUCCAGCUCCAAAAGCUCAGAAGAGCACCCUGAAGAUCAAACCCAGAGUCAACAUAUUGACUGACCCUUCUUACUCCGAGCCACUUGUGAAGGUGAACCUGAUUUUGGGGCUCGUUUUCUAUGGCUUCAUCGUAAUAGUGGUUCUCUAUGAUGCUGUGAGAAUCUCCAAGGAGGCUAGAAGGCGAUCUGAUGCUAUUGCCACUGCCAGGUUGAAGAAGAGGGAACCAGCCACCGCUGAACCACAGACACUGGCAUCCAGAGUUCGGGAGAGCAUCUCUUCACGGUUUGGUUUGAAACAAGCAUCAUCCACACCACAGUGUGCCCCCAUUUCUGACGAUUCUGCAAAAGAGUUGCAGAAGUCAAAGGAGUUCAUCUCCACUAAGGACAAAUCUGAGUCGGAAAAGAGACCUGGAAAGAGUGCUGUCAGCCUGAGAGAGUGUGAGCCGCCUCUGCCUAGCAUCCCAGAUAACUUCCUUGUGCCUGACUCUGAGCCUGCCAUCCAGGUGGCAUUGAACCCAUUCGAAACUAAGCUAGCGAAAGUUGUAUCUGAAAAUGCUGAGGCAUCCAACUACGAGGCAACCGAGAAGCCCUGCUACACACAGUCUGGGCUCACUGAGGUUUGCGUCAAUUAAGACUGAGGACUACUUCUUAAACCAAGUGAUAUUGAAUAAAAGCUGCAGAUAUUAAAUCUCCAAAUGAGAUCACAUGGAGACUGCCACCUUUGAAGACUUCCAUUUUCUGUUUGUAAUUUAAU